UGAGGAAGGAAGUGCUUUCAAAAGCUACGGCACACAAGCUUUCACAAGCAAAUGCGUUUCUACAUGACCGAAACCUUCUAAAGUUCCUGAUUGAUGGAUGGAUGGAUGGAUGGGGCUCUUUCGUUGAAUUUGAAUUUGAAUUUGUGUUGAUCAACGAGGUCGGCGAAUCGACAGAAAAAGAAAGAACACACAUAGGGAAGGGGAGGGUUAUUCCAUCUCAGAGGUUCGAACAUCCCUUAACCGUCUUCGCAUCCACGAAUUGCAAAAAAUGUCGUCGGAAGGCUCUCCUCAAUCGACCAAGCGAACGACACCAGGCAUCGCAAAAUCUCCUUUUUUCCGACCCUCCUGUGACUUUCGUGAAGAAGAAAAUGGGAGCAGAUCAUUUGUCCGGACAGCGGGAGGAAACACCUUUCGUAGAAGCAAAAAUCUAGCUGCUAGGGAUAACAGUAAGAAAGAGCACAAAUCAACAAUCCUGGGAUGCGCUUCGAACCUGGUGAAUGCGAUCGUGGGAGCCGGUAUCGUAGGUUUGCCUUUUGCGAUUCAGGAAUCGGGUUUGGUGCCCGGAGUCGUUCUGGUUGUCUUGAGCGCUCUACUGACCGAAAAAUCACUCCGCCUGCUGAUUGAAACUGCUAAGCAUGCCAACGUUCCUUCCUAUGAGACGCUAGCGGAGGCUGCGUAUGGGAAGUUUGGCUUUUGGUUCGUGACCAUGAACAUGCUCGUCAUGGCUUACGGGGCAAUGCUAACAUAUUUAAUGAUCGUGAAGGACAUCUUUUCGUCGAUACUGGGCGUUCCGAGAGACGACCUCAUGAUGCGUCGUGCUGUACUGGUCUUCAUUUCCUCUCUUGUAAUAUUGCCUCUGAGUUGCCAGCGAGACAUGGCCGAUUUGGCGAAAACCUCCAAGAUGAAUGUUAUUUUCGACUUGCUCAUGGUGUCGAUCGUAGUAUAUUUGGCUUUCCACCACACAGAUUUUGGCCAUGAUUACAAGGGGAUCAAUGGCCAUGGUGAUUCCAUCAGUGUCAAUGGAUACGUUCAGGCCAUCGACUCAAUAAAUGCCGUUUCAGAGGGCACCGCGACGAUCAGUCUCUGGCAAGUUCGAUGGGAUACUAUUUUUGUGGGUUUGGGCGUCCUCAGUUUUGCAUUCGUGUGCCAACAUUCGGCCUUUAUCAUUGCUGGAUCACUCGACAACCCCACCAAACAGCGCUGGUCGCGCGUGACGGGGAGUGGUCUUAGCUUCGCCGCCUGUUUGGCACUGGUCAUGGGGGUUUCGGGAUAUCUAGGAUUUGGUGAUUAUGCAGGCGGCACAGUGACUGGAAACAUUCUGAAUAGUCUUCCACCCCAUUCUAAGCUGGGCAAAAUUGCCAAGGCAUUGCUGGGAACAACUAUGGUAUUUGUCUAUCCAAUGGAAUCAUUUGUAGCAAGGCACGCUUGUGUCGUCUUGCUAUUUGAGGGACGAAAGGCCCACGAAGGAGACGAUACAAGCGUUUUAAAUCGAAGGGACCGCAGAAUCACACUUACUACAGUUCUAUAUUUGAUUGCUGUCAUUCCGGCAGCCCUGUUCGAAGAUUUAGGGGACGUCCUAGCAGUAACUGGAGGCGUUGGAGGGAGCUGUCUAAGUUAUAUUGGGCCAGGAAUCGUGUACAUCGGAAUUCAUGGCGAUCGAUUUUUGGAAUUGACCGAAUCAUACUUCGAUCGUGGGUUUCUAGGAAUCAGCGAAGUCCAAACCGGCGAGUGGAAUGACGACGAAGAAUCAAGUCCACUGGUCAAUAAAGCAACGAAUAGAAUGGCACUUUCCAGUGACGAUUGCUUCUAUUGCAAAUUGUUCAAACUCCUCUCAUGGUAUCUUACAGGCAUGCCGCUAUGGAUAUCUCUAGCAUCUAUCGGAAAGGGAUGCCUGACCAACCACGUAAAGGAAAUGGCACAGAGAUCUCCGCAUCCUAUACGGAUCGGCAACGUGCGGUUUGCUCGUGCCUCGCUUUCUGGGGAAAAGAACGUCACCCGUGUGGUCAUGCUCCAAAAUCCCACCCGAAGGACAGAUUCUUCUUCCAUGGAUUUUUCUUUGACAUCGUCUUCCAACAAUAAUGGAAGAACAACAGGAGCACAAAAUACGACAAAAACAAAGGAUUCUGUACAUCUCCCACACGACGGUAUUACCACUAGACUUCUGCGAGCCGACUCACUUCCAACUACGGACGAUGGGACUAAUGUCGAUCUUCCGAAGUUUCUUCCACCAGCCAAGAGCAAUAACAACACCGACUACAAAUCCAUUAACCAGGAAAUCGGUGCUGUUGCCCUAGCCACUGCUAAAAAGAAGAAAGCAGGCUCUAUCAAAGAAAUAGAGAACAUCGCUGUCGAAGAAGACCCCCAAGGAGAGCCCCCAGGGACGUUGGAUUUUGCAAUUGCCAUUUCAUACAUCAUCUUUGGCCUGAUCGCAAUGCUUGCAGGAUUAAUGUCUGUAUUUUGGUAGUUAUUGAUAACACUUCACGACUUGAACGGGUCACUCUAGAAUUUAUGUCUC